GUAUUUUCUUUUCCUUUUUUCUUUCACACUCUCUGAAAUUCCUUUUCCAUCUUCUCAAGCUCUCCAAAUUUCAAAGAAGAAGAAAAGAAAAUUUCGUUUCUACAAGUAAAAAUUUCAACCAACAACAUAACAGAGAUUAUCCGCAUGAUAAUGUAAAUAAGGUUAAAAAUGUCUUCACCACAGGAUCCUUUUUACAUUGUUAAGGAAGAAAUUCAAGAUUCUAUUGAUAAACUACAAUCUACUUUUCACCAAUGGGAGACUGUCUCUUCAAACACUGGAGAGCGAGUCCAUCUAACGAAAGAGCUACAAACUGGUUGUGAAAGCAUUGAGUGGCAGGUGGAUGAAUUGGAUAAGGCGAUUGCUGUGGCAUCUAGAGACCCUUCCUGGUAUGGCAUUGAUGAAGUGGAGCUUGAGAAACGUAGAAGAUGGACAAGCACUGCUCGCACUCAGGUGGGUGUCAUGAAGAAAGCUGUCGAAGCUGGAAAAGCUAGAAGUGCGAACGGUAUGCGCCAGGAGCUAAUGAGGGUCCCUAAUGAUCCUUACCAGGCAGGCAAAUCCAGAUCAUAUGCAACACAAGAUAAUGAUGAUUUCAUAUCAUCCGAGUCAGAUAGACAGAUGCUCCUCAUAAAGCAACAAGAUGAUGAACUGGAUGAGUUAAGUGCAAGUGUGCAAAGAAUUGGAGGUGUGGGGCUUACUAUACACGAAGAACUUACAGGACAGGAGAAAAUCAUACAUGAACUUGGAUUAGACAUGGAGAGUACUACAAAUCGUCUUGAUUUUGUUCAGAAAAAAGUGGAGAUGGUUAUGAAGAAAGCUGGGGCGAAGGGACAGAUUUUGAUGAUUAUAUUCUUGGUAGUUUUAUUCAUUGUUCUGUUUGUUCUGGUGUUUUUCACCUAAAGUUCAUAGAUAAGAGAGAGAUAGAGCGAGAGUAUUUGGUAGUCGAAUCAAUACAUUAUACAUAGAUGUGUGCAUUGCAGACAUUGAAUUUCUUGAAAUAAAUCCACUUUGUCAUAUCCCUCUUCUGCAGAAUUAUUA